CGGAAAACAAGUUCGUGAUAAUGGCUGAUUAGUAACUGUCAACAAUCAAGACAUUGCUGAAACGGAUAACCCCGUGGCUCUCCACCGUCUGUUAUUGUCGGGUUGACUCCCUGUGGCCAAACUAGGAUCCAGUGUUAUGGAUGAACCAUGAAGGCCCAAUUACAAGUCACAGUGCUUUCAGCCAAGCUGAAGGAAAACAAAAAGAACUGGUUUGGUCCUAGUCCAUAUGUUGAGGUAGCUGUGGAUGGCCAGUCAAAGAGAACUGAAAAAUGCAGCAACACACACAGUCCCAAAUGGAAGCAGCCUCUCACUGUAAUUGUGACUCCAGUCAGCAAGCUGAUCUUUCGAGUUUGGAGUCACCAGACGCUGAAGGCAGACAUCCUGUUAGGGAUAGCCACUCUGGAGAUUAGUAAGACCCUUAAGGAUAAUGACCUAAAAUUGUGUGAGGUAGUGCAGACACUGCAGCUGUGCUCUGAGAGAGACCCCCGGGAUGUUGUGGGUGAUCUGUCAGUCUGUCUGGAUGGCAUGCAGGUAGACUCAGAAGCCUUUGCUCUGGCAGAGAGUGAACAAGCUGUUCUUCCUAAUGGAAAUGCAAGACAAAGAGGCGACACAUGCAACAGAUCGAGUAGGGACACAUCUCCGUCCAGUGACUCAGAUGAUUGGGUCAUUGUGCCCAAUGGUCAUACAGUCAAUGGUACAGGUUCUCCCUCACCGUCUCCUGGAGACUCCACCUCCUCACGCCCUCCUAGACCUGCCAGACCUCCUCCUCCAAUGCCACACAGACCUGCAGCCUCACCAACCUCUUCCAGUAGUUCUUCCCCUAGUGAGCUGAGUGAAGCCCCAGCCUCUGAUGGCUCCUCUCAGGCAUCAGCAAGUGGUUGUUCAGAUCCGCCAGAUGAGUCAAGUGCAGGUACAGCGACAGCAGUUUCUUCACAGACGACAAACGGCCCUAAACCAGGCACUGCUACCUCAGCAACUCCAGCAACAACAACUCCCAGAAUCACUCCCAUUAACAAUGGACCCUUGCCACCAGGGUGGGAACAAAGAGUGGACCAAAAUGGACGAGUGUAUUAUGUGGACCACAUUGAGAAAAGGACAACCUGGGACAGGCCUGAGCCUCUGCCUGCAGGGUGGGAGCGAAGGGUGGACCCAAUGGGUAGAGUGUAUUAUGUUGACCACAUAACGCGGACUACAACAUGGCAACGGCCUACACAGGAGUCGGUGCGUAAUUAUGAGGAAUGGCAGAACCAGCGCAGCCAGCUCCAGGGAGCAAUGCAGCAGUUUAACCAGAGGUUCAUUUAUGGGCUCCAAGACCAGUUUGCAGCAACUGCCACUAAAGAGUUUGACCCGCUGGGACCUCUGCCACAUGGUUGGGAGAAGAGAACAGACACCAAUGGCAGAGUAUAUUUUGUUCAUCAUCCGACUCGAACAACACAGUGGGAAGACCCAAGGACCCAAGGGCUGCUGAAUGACAAACCCUUGCCAGAGGGUUGGGAAAUGAGGUUCACUGUGGAUGGUAUUCCUUAUUUCGUAGACCACAACAGGCGAACGACAACCUACAUAGACCCUCGCACAGGGAAAUCCUCACUUGAAAAUGGGCCACAGAUAACGUACGUCAGGGACUUCAAAGCCAAAGUGCAAUACUUCAGGUUCUGGUGUCAGCAACUAUCGAUGCCUCAACAUAUAAAGAUUACUGUCUCGCGAAAAACCUUGUUUGAGGAUUCGUUUCAGCAGAUCAUGAGUUUCCACCCUCAAGAUCUAAGGCGGAGACUGUGGAUCAUUUUCCCUGGAGAGGAGGGCUUGGACUAUGGAGGCGUAGCCAGGGAAUGGUUCUUCUUGCUUUCCCAUGAAGUACUUAAUCCCAUGUACUGUUUGUUUGAGUAUGCUGGCAAGGACAACUACUGUCUUCAGAUCAACCCUGCUUCUUACAUCAACCCUGACCAUCUAAAGUACUUCAAGUUUAUAGGACGCUUCAUUGCCAUGGCUUUGUUCCAUGGCAAAUUCAUCGACACAGGUUUCUCGCUGCCCUUCUACAAGCGUAUUCUGAACAAACCCUUGGCUCUUAAAGAUCUGGAGUCCAUAGAUCCAGAGUUUUAUAAUUCACUCAUUUGGAUCAAGGAUAAUAAUAUAGAGGAGUGUGGUCUGGAGAUGUUCUUCUCAGUUGACAAGGAGAUCCUGGGUGAGGUGACUACCCAUGAGCUGAAACCAGAUGGAGGUAACAUCCAAGUCACUGAGGAAAAUAAGGAGGAAUACAUCAGGUUGGUGGCAGAGUGGAGGCUGUCCAGAGGCGUGGAGGAACAGACUCAAGCAUUCUUUGAGGGAUUCAACGAAGUUCUUCCCCAGCAGUACCUUCAGUACUUUGAUGCUAAAGAAUUGGAGGUGAUGCUUUGUGGGAUGCAAGAGAUUGACCUGGUGGACUGGCAGAGACAUACUAUCUAUAGACAUUAUGCACGAAGCAGCAAGCAGAUUCUUUGGUUCUGGCAGUUUGUGAAGGAGAUGGACAACGAAAAAAGGAUGAGACUCCUACAGUUUGUUACAGGAACCUGUCGUCUUCCUGUUGGUGGCUUUGCUGACUUGAUGGGAAGCAAUGGACCACAGAAGUUUUGCAUCGAGAAAGUGGGCAAAGAAAACUGGCUUCCACGAAGCCACACAUGCUUUAAUCGCCUGGACCUCCCACCUUAUAAGAGCUAUGAGCAGCUGAAGGAGAAACUCAUGUUCGCCAUAGAGGAGACAGAAGGAUUUGGACAGGAGUGAUGGAACAAGAGCAGUGUCUGCUGGAAAGAAGAUGGCAGCAGUGGGCUUGGAUGAGCCGUAUCCAUUUAGGGGAAAACAGCACUCUUUUCAGCAGGUUCUCCCUGCAGCCCUGAGAGGUUAUAAUGUGGUAGAUAUUGUCUGUCUUAAUAGCAUAUUUAUUAACAUUUCAAAGCUAUCUUAGAUUUUUUUCUUACAAGGGCACUGUGAAUUCUUCACACCCAGGUUCACCUCUUACCUAAAUCUGUUCCACCCUAAUCCACCUGUGAUCUCACUUCGCUGCGCUCCGUAUGCUGUGAGGCAGUAGAGACAAAAAAGACGCUGCUCUCACUCUGUUAUGUCUGUACUUGCAGUGUUUUAAGCAUAGUGCAGUUUCUGUAUGACAACAUUGAUUCUGUACAGUCAUUUUGUAAGAGCCGCCCUGUCAGGUCUAUGCACCAAAAUUAUGUGUAAGGAGAAAACCACGUUUGUGUAUUUUGACAAAAGAUGUGACGGUUAAAACUAAAAGCAACAUUAGACUUCUUUUGUGAUUUUGGGUCAUUGAGACUUUUAUCUUUCUGUUAUUGAAAGGAAUACCCCCCCCCCAAAAAAAACAAAACAAAACAAAAAAAAACACACUGUACUGACUUCUGUAGCACACAUGCAGUUUUAUUUUUUUAUUAUUAACUUUAAUGAAUGUGAUCACGUUAGUUGCAAUACUUUCUCUCACAUUGGCAGGUUUAUUACUUAACUUUGUAAUGAGUUAAAACUAGUUUGCACAUGAUUAUGUGAACGCUAAGAUUGUUGUGAUUGUUCUAAAGAGAGGCUAUUUUUAUGUGCAAUAGUUUUCUAGAAGACAUUUUUGCCAACGAUAGAAUCAAACAGUGAUUUGUUUGAUUAGUUUUUGUAAGACUUAAGAAAGAUUUAGUGUUUACCGUUGAUUUAAAUUCACUCAAAUAGAGAACAUUUGGAUGCUCUCAAGUGUAUUUGAGAGUGCUCUGGUUGAAAUUUGAUUUGACAAAGUUCCCUAAUCCUUCCCUUCACAGUCGCUGUAUAUAUCAGUAUAUUAGGUUAUAAAUGGUUACCUAAUUUUCAGUCAGGGAUGCAGUAACUUUGAAGGUUUUUCUGCAUGAUUAUAAGCUGUUACUAAUGAUGUGGGAGCAUAUGGAAAUAUUGUGUGAUACAGAGCGAUGAUUGGUUAAAUGAUGGCUCCUACUGACUAGUAGUAAGUUCUCUGUGAAUUGUCCAGACUGACAGUGAAGUUCUUACAGUGGCUCUGAGAGCUCGAAUCAGUGCAGCUUAAGAUCAAUUCAUUCCUUUAGUUUGCUUAUGUUGAGCUCCUGGAGCCACUGUGCAUACAAGAUGAGUUAUGAAUAAAUAGAAUCCACUUUUAAGCUACAAAUGCAGUUUCUUGGCCCUGUGAUGGACUGGUGACCUGUCCAAGGUGUACCCUGUCUACCAUUUGAUACUAGCUGAGAUAGGCUGGAGCCUUUCCCAGCAUUGGAAUAGGCGAGUAUAGGGGAUGGAUGGAUGGAUGGAUGGAUGGAUGGAUGGAUGGAUAAUGCAGUUCCAUGUAAAUGCACUUAGUAUUUAAAUUAGAUCAAUUCAAGUUUUUAGACUGAAAACAAAGGUUAACCUGUUAUUAUUUUUAUUAUUUAAAAGACAAAAAUAGUACAGCAGACCCCAUGAAGCUGCAGACUGAUAAUUGAAUAAGAAUAGGUAGUAAUUUAAAUUAAAAUUACAUCAAGGGACUCUAGUUUUAUAGGGUAUGAGAACUUCAGAUGUGUAUAUUUCUGGUCUUCUUCAACAAUUCUGCUAACUUUCAAUUUUUUAUUUUCAUUUUCAGUCGCAUAAAAAAAAAAAGUUCCCAAAGGAGUUUAAUGAACUACUGUUGAAAGCCUUUUAACUGGAGUCUUAAUGAGUCACAGGAGUACAUGCCGUGUUUUUUUGGUUUUUGUUUUAAAUUUGUCAACCAACAACACAGAUUCUAGUGCACUUUCUUAAUUGCAGCAAGAAGUCUCCUGUUCAAAUCUGAGCUGGGGUCUUUCUUUCUGGGCUCUCAGGAUUCUCUGGUUUCCUCCCACCAAAAGCAUGGGUUCAUUGGUGGUUCUAAACUGACCUUAGGAGUGAAUGUGCCUGUUUGUUGGUCUAGUUAGGCUCUCUUUGUUGACCCUGUGAUGGACUGGUGACCUAUCCAGGGUUUACCCCACCUCUCCCCUAAUGGCAGCUGGGAUAGGCUCCAGACCCUGAUUACUCUUUACUAGAUCAAGCAGGAAAUAAGAAUGAAUUGAUAAAAUAGCUGUAGAAUACAGAUGGGUUUCUGUAGUUUGAUUCGGUACUCAAUACUGGAGCUGUACAAAAAAAAGAAGACCACCAAAUGUGGAGAUCUUUUUGACGCUUUAUUCUUGACUUAAUAUUUCUCAUAAAAUGUUGGGUAGCCAAGACAUAAAUAGAAUCAGUUUGUCAGAUUACUUUUGGGGUGGCAAUGCUUGCGUAUACAGUGGCUCUAAAAGGUCAAUGGCUCUCUAAGUGGAUGUUGGUCAAAAGAAAAGAAAGAAAUGCAGAAAAUCAGCCUGCUUAUAAAAAAAAAUGUGUAAAUAUGAUUGAUGUAAAAUGCCAUCUCAUAUUACUUUUGAACAUACAGCAAUAUCAAAAAAAAAAAUACAGACUGUGUGUGCAAAAGCCUUUAAUCAGUUUUUUAGCAUCCGAUAAAUAACUAGAACAUUUCACUUCAAAUGUCACUGUUGAGUUUCAGUCUUUAUUUUUAUUUUUUGUUUUAUUCAGUAUAAGGCUCAAGAGGAUUUCUUUGUAUUUUGCAAUUAAUUUAAAAUGAUUACAGAGUUGGUGUCAAGCAAGCUGCUGACUUAAAUCUUGCUCUGGCAUGUUUUUCCACUUUCACUGGUUCUCUCUAUCUUUCUCUCUUUGAGAUGUAAAAUGUAAGAUUGUGACAAAAAAAAGUUUUAAUAAUCCUAAAAUAUGUUUUAUCAUUAACUGGAAUGGAGAAUUGGACUUUUAACAGCUUCACAUGUACCUUCUUAUGAAUGUCUUGUGUGUAUGCCCUGAGCAGGAA